AAUACAGGAAGUAACUGACAGCCGCUGACGACGAGUGAAACAAAAGCAAUGAAGAUACGAGUAACUUAGCGAACUAAUAGUGUUUCCGUGCCACAUAGAAGUCAAUUAGUGUUGAUGCCUCGAGUUUCUGUAAAGAAACGAAUGUUACCAAAAUGGAAAGAGCUGUCAGAAUCGUCAUUUUGUCGGUCAUUUUCUUGGCAUCGCAGGUAAACUGCCAAGAGGCGAUCUUGCACAUUUCAAAUGCAGAGACAGACAGGGAGUACUGCAUUGUCCACAAUCACUCCUGGACCCCCCUGUCACAAACCCUUGAUACUGCUUUGCAGUAUCCACUGGUGAAUAUGACCUCCACUCUACUGUGUAACGGCUCAGGGGUCAGUCCAGAUGUGGUAAAGGGCAAAGCGUUGGUGGUGAUGAGGGGGGACUGUAAUUUCAGCCAAAAAGCUCUGGUUGCUCAGAGCCUUGGAGCUACAACUUUGCUCAUUGCCAGCAACACAACAUUGAUCACUCCAUCAGCCAAUGAGUCUGAGUAUGCAAAGGUCCACAUUCCUCUGGCUCUCAUGAGGUACAGGGACUUCCUGGAGGCACAGCAGGUGUUUGGUGAAGAUAUGGAGGUAAAGCUUUAUGCGCCACCUCACUCAAAGAUUGAUCCAAGCAUUGCAGUCAUGCUACUGAUUGCCAUUGUCACGAUUGCCUUGGGUGGCUACUGGAGCGGGGCAUGUGAGAGGGACCGGUUGAAUGGUGGUUCCGAGCGGGGAGGAGGAGAUAGCAAAGUAGACAGUGGAGAGCUUUUCUUGUACUCUCCUCUCAAAGUGGUUUUCUUUGUCGCCCUGAUGUGUGGGAUGCUGGUCCUCAUGUACUUCUUCUACAACACCCUUGUUUACGUCAUUAUUGCUAUAUUCUGCCUGGCAUCUGCCUCUGCACUGUUCAGCUGUCUAGAUGCAGUGAUGGAAAAAAUUGGUUGUGGAACUUGCAGUUUCUCUGUCAGAAAUUGGAACUUCUCAGUGAGGUCUCUCAUACUGGCUGCUGUGUGCAUUUGCAUUGCUGUGAUCUGGGGAGUCUACAGAAAUGAAGACAGAUGGAUCUGGAUCUUGCAGGACCUCCUUGGUAUUGCUUUCUGCCUCAACUUCAUGAAGACCAUCUCACUGUCCAACUUCAAGAUCUGUGUGAUUCUACUGAGCCUCCUGCUUGUGUAUGAUGUCUUCUUCGUUUUCAUCACUCCUUUCUUCACAAAGAAUGGAGUUAGCAUCAUGGUGCAGGUUGCUUUGGGCCCAGAUGCAUCUGGAGAGAAGACGCAAGGUAACAUGGUGGAGGUCCCCGCUGAACCCCAGACUCCCUCUGAGAAACUACCAGUGGUGAUGCGUGUCCCACGGUUCUCAGCUUGGGCUCAGAACCUGUGUGGAAUGCAGUUCUCCAUUCUGGGUUAUGGAGACAUCAUUGUUCCAGGUCUCCUGGUUGCCUAUUGCAGCAGGUUUGAUGUCUGGAUCAACAGCAGCAAGAAGAUCUACUUUGUCAGCUGCUGCAUAGCCUAUCUGCUGGGAAUGAUAAUGACGUUUGCUGUGAUGCUGCUGUCGGGGAUGGGCCAGCCUGCCCUACUCUACCUGGUGCCCUUCACCCUGAUAACCUCUGCCGUGGUGGCUGGAUGCAGGGGAGAGAUGAGGCAGUUCUGGGCAGGAACUACCUAUGAGGUCUUGGACUCAUCCAGGGAACCUUUGCUGCCAGAGGGAAGAACUGACUGCUCCAUAGAAGGAGAAAAAUGCUGACUUGCAGUGUUGUGAAUAGACCCAACUGCUGGAUGUUUUUCUUUUUUUUACCUUUUAAUAUUACAUUUGCAAAGCAAGGGAACACAUUUUAUUCAUCAACAGAUUCAGUAUGGAAUAGUAUGGCUUAAUUUGACUGCUGUGAUUGCUGGUUAGAGGGCUAUUGAGAAAGGAGUAUUGUGUAGGGCGAACAGAGAUGUUUUAAGUGAAAAGCUUGUUUAGUGCCUGAAAGGUCUGUUAGGUUCUUGUUCAGAAAACUGUAAUGACUUUGCCUUGGUGAUGAUCGCAUAAAUCAAAAUGAGAAAGCACUUUAUAAUAUUUAGCUUGACGGUUGUUUCAUCAGGGGCGGGGGUUGGGGGUUUAAUUACUUGUAGCCACAAUAUUGAUACAUUUUUGAUAACUGUAUUAGGGUUUCUGUGUAACCUGUUUGUAUGAUGUGAUUUCUUUCAUUGCCUUACAUUAAAAAGAACAACUUGUAUUUAAUCUUCUUGACUGUGUAUUUCUAGCUUUGAUGUAGCUUCCACACAGAUACUUAAGU